UUCUUUCUAGUGUGUGUGUGUGUGUUUGUUUUGUGCCAUAAGAGAUUGUGGGACUGAUAUCUCGAACCAAGCAGUGGGUGUCUAUCGCGCAGUUUUUUUUCCCGGUCGUCGUGCGUGCGAUUUUUUGGUAUACGGCAGGGCGCAACUGCGCAUUAGUCGGCGGGGGAUAUCUCGCACACAACACAUUUUACAAGGGUAGUCGAGUGGUGCGUCUUAGAGUUAAGCAAAAUGGGGGUCGCUUGUACUCUCAACAACACUCACAUUCUUAUGGAUAAAUAUGUCAAUGGCACAGGAGCACUUGGCCCUUCAGGUGUUGGAGCCCAGUCACUUGUAUCCAGUGGAGGUAUUGGAAGUGGAAGCAACAGCAGUAGCAGCAGCACCAGCAGUAAUUGUGGGACAAGUUUGAGUGGAGUGAGUGGCGGUAGUGGAAGUGGAGGAGGUACUGCUUUAAUGACUCCCAUGGCCCCUAUGGCCCCGGUCCCACCUAUGAUGCCUCCAACACAGCAACCACCACCAAUGGCUUCGGCCACGCCGCAAGCUGCGGCACCAGAACUUCCUAUGUUUGUUUGUCCCCGUCGUCCCAAUCUUGGUCGUGAGGGUAGACCCAUCAUGCUUCGAGCCAACCAUUUUCAAAUAUCGAUGCCAAGAGGCUACAUUCACCACUAUGAUAUCAGCAUUCAACCAGACAAGUGCCCGAGAAAAGUCAAUCGGGAGAUUAUUGAGACUAUGGUGCACGCCUACAGCAAAAUUUUUGGAGCACUGAAACCCGUCUUUGAUGGUCGCAGCAACUUGUAUACUCGAGAUCCUCUGCCAAUUGGCAAUGAACGAGUCGAGUUGGACGUUACGCUGCCUGGCGAAGGAAAAGAUCGUGUGUUCCAUGUUGCUAUUAAAUGGCUGGCCAAAGUGUCCCUCUAUGCCCUCGAGGAAGCCUUGGAAGGUCGCAUUCGUACGAUUCCAAUGGAUGCCAUUUUGGCUCUCGACGUGGUUAUGCGCCAUUUACCUUCUAUGACUUACACUCCGGUUGGCCGGAGUUUCUUCUCAUCACCUGAUGGCUACUACCAUCCUCUGGGUGGCGGUCGCGAAGUCUGGUUCGGUUUCCACCAGUCUGUCCGCCCUUCACAAUGGAAGAUGAUGCUAAAUAUUGACGUUUCGGCUACGGCUUUUUACAAGUCACAACCAGUGAUUGAAUUUAUGUGCGAGGUCUUAGACAUUCGCGAUGUUAACGAGCAGAGGAAACCAUUGACGGAUUCUCAGCGAGUAAAAUUCACCAAAGAGAUCAAAGGCUUGAAAAUCGAAAUCACUCAUUGUGGAACAAUGAGACGAAAAUACCGUGUAUGCAACGUCACACGUCGUCCGGCUCAAAUGCAGUCCUUCCCACUGCAGUUGGAAAAUGGCCAGACUGUCGAAUGCACAGUGGCUAAAUAUUUCUUGGACAAGUACAAAAUGAAACUGCGCUACCCGCAUCUGCCCUGCCUGCAGGUUGGACAAGAGCACAAACAUACUUACUUGCCAUUGGAAGUUUGCAACAUUGUUGCUGGGCAGCGGUGCAUAAAGAAACUAACGGACAUGCAAACAUCGACUAUGAUCAAAGCUACUGCCCGAUCGGCCCCCGACCGCGAGCGUGAAAUCAAUAACCUAAUACGAAAGGCUGACUUUAAUAACGAUCCCUACGUCCAAGAAUUUGGCCUGACCAUAUCCAAUAGCAUGAUGGAAGUGCGUGGUCGCGUGCUUCCCCCACCCAAACUACAAUAUGGGGGAAGAACCAAGCAACAGGCACUGCCCAAUCAAGGUGUCUGGGAUAUGCGUGGCAAGCAAUUCUUCACCGGUGUCGAGAUUCGUGUCUGGGCCAUCGCCUGUUUCGCCCCUCAAAGAACAGUGCGUGAAGACGCGCUGAGAAAUUUCACCCAGCAAUUGCAAAAGAUAAGCAAUGACGCCGGCAUGCCCAUUAUUGGUCAACCGUGCUUCUGCAAGUAUGCCACCGGUCCCGAUCAAGUGGAGCCCAUGUUCCGCUACCUCAAGUCAACCUUCCAAGGUCUCCAACUGGUGUGUGUUGUUCUACCCGGCAAAACUCCCGUCUAUGCCGAAGUCAAACGUGUGGGAGACACAGUCCUGGGAAUGGCCACACAGUGUGUCCAAGCAAAAAAUGUCAACAAAACGUCGCCUCAAACUCUGUCCAAUUUAUGUCUGAAGAUCAAUGUUAAACUUGGCGGUGUCAACAGUAUCCUCGUUCCUACUAUUCGUCCGAAGGUGUUCAAUGAACCAGUUAUUUUCCUCGGAGCCGAUAUAACUCAUCCGCCGGCUGGUGACAACAAGAAACCCUCGAUCGCAGCUGUUGUCGGCUCGAUGGACGCUCAUCCUUCGCGCUACGCCGCAACCGUUCGCGUCCAGCAGCACCGCCAAGAAGUCAUUCAAGAACUCAGUGCUAUGGUUCGAGAACUUCUGAUUCUGUUCUACAAAACAACACGUUUCAAGCCAAACCGAAUUAUUAUGUACCGCGAUGGCGCCAGUGAAGGCCAGUUUAGCACCGUUUUGCAACACGAGUUAACCGCCAUCCGCGAGGCAUGCAUCAAAUUGGAACCGGACUACAAACCGGGUAUCACCUUUAUCGUUGUUCAAAAGCGCCAUCACACAAGACUUUUCUGCGCCGACAAGAAAGAGCAGUCGGGCAAGUCUGGAAACAUUCCCGCCGGUACCACCGUCGAUGCGGGCAUCACACAUCCCACCGAGUUCGACUUUUACUUGUGCUCGCAUCAAGGCAUUCAGGGCACUAGCCGUCCGAGCCACUACCACGUUCUGUGGGACGACAAUCACUUCGACGCUGACGAACUGCAGUGUUUGACUUACCAACUGUGCCACACUUACGUCCGCUGUACUCGUUCCGUCUCCAUUCCGGCGCCGGCUUAUUACGCCCACCUUGUGGCUUUCCGCGCUAGAUACCACUUAGUGGAGAAGGAACACGACAGUGGGGAAGGAUCACUACAGGAUUGCAUUAAGAGUUACACCAGUGGAGAAGGUUCGCAUCAAAGCGGAAGCAGCGAGGACCGCACGCCUGGCGCCAUGGCUCGCGCUAUCACUGUUCACGCCGAUACCAAGAAAGUCAUGUACUUUGCUUAAAAGCACUAUCAUCAAAUUCACCCUCCUUCCCAGUAAGUUGCCGUUUGGUCAUCGCGUGUAAAUUGGAUCGGAUGAGAAUGGAGCAGAAAUGGUUUGUAAUAUUUCCACGUGACUUGACGCUGUUUUCUCUAGCUAUUUUGGAAGGUCAGCUUGUGAGCACAAUAUCUGACACCUAUUUUCAUGUCAUCGCCACCGCCACCACAUCCCUGAAUCUUGCGUGCAAGGAGGAGCAUUUCACAUCCCAUUAACAGAGCCAUCCCCGUCACAAAACAAAAUGUCCACGGCCGUCAAGUCUUUCAUGUAUUUUUCACCCUUAUAGCAAAAGUCGAAGCAUUUCGGUGGGGUUUUUAAUCUAAACUUUGCUCUUCAAAACUAUCUAUUUGCCGUCUGGAUUUUCGGAACACCUAAAAUCCUUCAAAGAAAAUCCAUCGAUGCGAGCACAUUCGUGUUGAUGGUCGCAAAAACGAAGAAAACGAAAAACAAAAAAAAGAAAAGACGUGUGAGAAAGGAUUAGGGCAUCAAGCGAAAACGGACUUCGUUUAGUAGCUUUCGAAUGGACAAUUGCAUUUCCCUCCCAGCGUGUGGAUGUAGUACGGACCAAGCAAACAUAGAAUCGUAAUCAAUUAGCAUUUCCUUAAUCCUGACCUAUCGUAGCUACUUAAGAGACAAGACAAAAUUUAAUUGACAUUUUCUUCGUUACCGAUCUGUUUGUUUAUCAAUCACUUUCUUUUUAAGAACGCUCCAAGCUGUCCUUCCACCUCUUGGUGUUAAAGCAUCUGUUUCGUUUCUCGGGAACUGAAAUGACAUCUGUAUUUGAACUGGUGCACGUAAAUUCAAACCUAAUCCUUAAAAAAUUAUCUUGGAUAGAGAACCCUCCGCAUACGUUUGUUCUUUGAUGCACUUCUAAUCAAAUUUGGUGGGAAAAAAAUCGCCGAUCCCCUCUUCCGCGCUACAAACGUCUUUCAUCCUCCAUUCAAAAUGUAAAAGAUAAAGCGAGCAAAACGGAAAGUAGGGAGAGAAAGAAUAGUACGCGCAUUUACAAUCUGCAAAGAAAGCCAUUUUGCCAUGACAAAAAUAUCGUUAUUCCCCAAUAAUAGUUCUUCUCACACCGACAUCGACUACUUUCCUAAAAAAAAAAAAAUAAUAAUAAAAAAAAAAAUGCGUGAUUGCAAGUGUGAAUGGCGUAUGUGUUGUGGAGUGCGAGCGGUCCCACCACAUUAGGGCAGCUCUUAGAACGUGAGUUGACGCAAAUUUUUCAAAACAAUAUUUCGAGGACAAAAAAAAAAUAUUCACCCACCUAUUCGGCGUUUCGCGUCAGCCCGAAGAAGUUAGUUGGCAGUGUAAUACUACUCCUCGACCCCAAUCAAAGUUUGACCUUCUCUUCCUUUUUUUUUUUUAAAGAAUAUCUUUUCAUAACAUGUCUUGGUUUUUGUUUGACUGGAUCGUGGAAAAGCGUUUUGUAGCAUUUAGUUGUGUGCGUUGUUCUUACAUUUUUUUUUUCUAUUUUGGAGGGUAGGGAGGAAUUCCUGCGAGCGUUUAAUAGCCAUAUCGUUUCUCUGCAAACGUGAGAAAUAUCAAUUCUUUCUUUUCUUCCCUUUCUCUGCGUCUAUCUUGUUCCUUCUGUCUCUCACACACACUAUAGUUUGGCUUUGGUUUCUCUCCUUUGUCGCCUGCCGCUCUUUGUCACUGAGUUAUGUUCCUCGUGUACCUGUAGCUGCUUUAUAAACAAAAGAAAAACGUG